AUGGCGUUUGGCAGGCCGGCAUCUAUCCCCGACAAUUAUGCCAAGCUCGAACUUCCCUCGAAGCAUCAACUCGAAAUGCCACCUAGCUUGAUUGACGAGAACACAACGUGCCUUAGCGUUUCCUUCUUCGGUUCGGCAAUGACCCUCUACAAAGAGCUCUGGAAUAUUUUGGACCUCCUGUACGGUCUAAAUAUCAGUGUCAAUCCUUCGCUGUCCGUCGGUGAAGCUACUGCCCAUAUUUCCAGAGUGAAAAAAAGGCUGAUUGCAUGGGAAGGGUCGCUCCCUCGGUCCCUUCAGCUUAUCGGGUCUUUGGAUCUUGAUCUAAUGACACGGGACUGA